CAGAUUUCGCAUACAUUUCCACUUUUGUAUUCGCACUGAGCGGGAAUCGAACCCGCGCACUUCGACUCCCGGACAAAACAGUUAAAAAAAACAAGAAUGAGCAACAACCGCUGGGUCUAGUACCAAACCAGAGUAUGAGCUCCGUGUUCAAAUCCUGAUUUCCACCUGAUCAUGUCUGUAGGAAACCUUCCGCAGAAGCACGUGACUCUGGUUGGUGUAAUGAACUCAUAUCUGCAUGGUUUAUUUGAGAGGCGCUUCAACCAGACCGAACCAAGUGGAACCGGUCUCAGGAUUAAACCAAUUUCAAAACAGAUAUGGGUCACGUGACCCUGGCAGGUCAGUGCUAUAAUUAGACGCUGCUGCUUUCGCGAGAGCUGCCAAUCGAUCGGGCCAGCAUAAAGUCGCUCACACCGGGAGACCCGCCGUCACACAGGCUGGCAGGAGUCCGGUUUUCCGUGGUGACAUUUAACGCCUCACGCUGACUGAAGCGGAUCCGUGCGUAAUAACGCAGGAACAGCGCUGGAUCUGCGCUGCGGCGCAAACUCCAGUAUACGCUAGUGACCCGAGACGUCACAUGUCCUCUCCCAGGCGUCUGCAGACAUGUCCUUUUUAACCAUACCGAGCCAGGAGGGCCUUUUCACCGGGACGAAUGCUGACGCGUCAGCCGAGGAGGCAGCAGCACGCGCGGACGCGGACAGCGUCAAUGAUGAUGAAGAUGAGGAGGAUGACACGGAGGACGCCCGGCUCAUCCCCAGGUGCUCCCCGAUACCCCGAAAGCGAGGCGCGUCCAUCUACGACGAGACCGCCGAGUACUUGCGUAGCCACUUGGCUCUGUCCGCCGGGAAGAGGGUGUCAUUUUCCGACACAACAGGUGGCGACCUGGUGGAUGUGCGAGAAUUCCACGCCUUCGACUCGGACGAGGAGGAAAAUGGUGCCAAGUGGGAGGAAGAGGAGGCCAAGUAUCGCAAGCCAGAGCGGGAGCCGAGCUAUAAAGUGCACCCGGAGUUCCAGGCUCCUGAAGGCAGCCUCCUGCUGCAGGCGGUGCGCUCCAACAAGGUGGAGGUGGAGCACAUUUGUCCAUCAGAGGACGACCCUCUGGCCUUCAGCGGGCUGAUACGAGUCCUGAACGUCUCCUUCCACAAAGCCGUUUAUAUCAGAUCCACCAUGGACAAGUGGGCCUCCUACUUUGACUACCCAGCUGAGUACGUCCAGGGGUCCAACGACGUGGACACCGAUCAGUUCUCCUUCACGCUGUGCUUCACGCCACCUUACACCACGCACGGCUCGCGCAUAGAGUUUGUGGUGCGCUAUGAAACAUCCGACGGAGAUUACUGGGCCAACAACUCUAGCUUGAAUUACGCUGUCACGCUGCUCCUGUCUUACGAAGAUGAGAAGGAUGAUCCAGCUCGGACCGACAUGAACGCGCAGCAAAGAAGAAGCAUCCUGAAACCCCCCAAAGUUCUCAGUUUGAAUGAUGAUUUAGCUUCUGAGGGUCAGGAUGAAGAAGAAGCAGGAGAACCGGAGAGCUCGGAGUCGGGACUGCUCAGGCCCACAGCUGGGCGUCCUGUCUUCACACAGCCAGAGAUCGAUAUAGAGACUGCAGUCCAACCGCCCGACUACGAGCCUCCGUUUGUUGACAGCACACAGUCCACUCACACCAUGUUCCCGGGUGAACCUUGCAUGUCUUCUGACACCGACCUUCAGACUAAUUCACCCUUUGUAGCGUUCGCUGUUGAAUCAGUGCAGCUAGACACAGCACGGGCCUCUCCCAUACUCCAGGAUGAAUCGCAGAGCGUAUCAGAGCAGUCUGUGAUCAGUGCCCCCUCCACAUUUGCACCGCAGGAGUCCCAGCAAAGAUCAUGUGAAUCCCAGGAUGCUAGAGUGACAAACCCAGCCUCAGAAGCUUCUGCUCUGUGUUCUUCUGUGGCGGAGAUGAAGCUGCUGUCAACAGCAGGGGAGGAAGGACCGCCCAAACCUCCACUGCCUGCUGAGGGUUUCCCCUGCAUCAGUGAGACUGAGGGCAUUGAGCCAGAGGUUGCGGCUGGAUGGAGUGAACUCACCAAUCAGGGUUCCACACCGUCUGCAGCACACGACACCGACAGCACCCCUAAACCACCGUCUCCAGCAGAAAGAACUGUGGUGUACAUGGGAGCAGAGCCCCUCUUCACUGAGCUCACAGACAGCCCCUCGACGAACACCAGGAGCACCGCCGUGAGCCAUGACACAGCUUCACAAGAUGCCUCACCCAGGAAAGACGAAGACCGUCCUUCCCAGGACGGUGUAGUUGAGACAAAGUCAGACACCUUGUCAGGUGAUAGGUCUGAGUCUGACAUCAACAUGAAUCUGAUGCCAUGUGUUUUCUUUCUGAGCGGAGUUGUCUCCCUCUCAGUAGUGAUGCGGGAACCCAGCGCCCUCUUCUUUAUCGGAUUGCUUUUGGUUUUGCGUCGUUUGUGAUUUUUGAUCCUCAGAAAGUUUCAAGUGCCUUGCACCGAUUCAGAGAUAGGUCAGCAGGUCUAAUGCACGUGUCUCUUCCUGGAGUUGUGAGGUUUUUAUGCAAGAUCAAGCUAAAGAUUGGUCUCUAUAGCACUACACUUGCUAUCUGAUCAUAGAAUGAUUAUGUAUGUGGUGUCAUUCAAUAAUUGCUGGAUUGCACUUUUUAUUGGUGCUGUCAGCGUGGUUAAUGAGGUGGUGUAACCCGUAGACUGGCUGAACGAUGGCUGAAGCCCUUCGCUUUUAACACAAACAAAAGUAAGGAUGGACGAAGGGUUGAGGAUCACCCAACUUGCACUACACACUCUUUCAGGGUCGGCUAACAUGAAGAUAGCUCCCUGUUUCUUGUCUGGACUAAGCUCAGCCGAAGCCCAGGACCCAAGGCUCAACCACCAGAGGCUCACCAACCACCUGACCAGCUUCUCUCCCAGGUCUGACUCCAGCAGGGGGUCCUUCAUGGUCCUCCCUCAAAGUCCCGACUUACUCUGACACCUCCCCUGCUCCCUCCGGGUUGUAAUGGAGUAUUUUUCUGGUCUUUCAAUGACACGGUUCUGCCUAACAGUUUGGUACAGCGUGGUUCAGCUCAUCUGAGUCUAGUUGUGUUUCCCUGCCAGCUCUGUGAAAGAAAGUGGCUGCGGCCCUCGUAGGCGCGGGGGCGCAGCACUCCCGGGGAUGGGGUGGGGGGUGUACGUGAUCUUUACUCCACACAGAAGUAGCAUCAGGUGAUCAGUAAACAGUGCGAAGGGAUCUCCGCAGAAACACACCUCAGCAGAAAAACGGUGGUGUUGUUCUGCUCAGCUUUAUGGCUUAUUGUCCGACUCUAAACCAGGAAAUGGCUGCAGGCUGUCAAGCAGCAGGCAGAAAGCUCCGAAGCCACCUGUGACUCCGCCCCCAAGCCAAUCAGUGGCCACAGAUGCUGCAAAAUUCCCUUUACGAGUCCAUCUAUGUUCCAACCCCCCACCUACGGCUGCAAGAUGCAGAUACAAGUGGCUGAAAUUAGCUUUCUCCAUGGGCGAGGCUCAGCCUUAAAUCUGAAUUUUACAUGUCUCCAUCAGCUCAGGUGUGGAGUUGCAACUGAGACAUUUUGAUUUUAGACUUCUCCGUUGCCUGGGGAGUUUUGCAAAGCGAUUCUCUGCCAAGGCAGCAGCCCUUUUCAGGCUUGACAUAGAGCCCUUGCAUCAACGCAUCAUGGCGUUGUGUCUCUCUGUCUCAGAUCAGACUAAGAGGAGCACAAAUCAGAGCCGCUGCUGCUGCCUCGAACAAAAGAAGUCAGCUGGAGUGGCUAGGCCAUUUGAUUGAAAUGCCGCAUGAUAACCUUGAUCAACAAGUUUCCCAGGAAGGAUAGUCCCUCGAGAGAUGAUAUGUCUUCUCCUGCCUAUGACCACCAGGGGGUACGAGGGCCUCCCUGGAUUCCUUACCUCUGUAACAUGAGAUCAAACGUUUUCACCCACUCCAGUUGUAAAGAAGAGGAGCCACGGUUUUACGGGUGUGUUGUAUUUCUGGGGUUAGGGUUUCAGAGUCACUCAGGAGCUCAGGCUGAAAGACACGCCCACUCACUUUCGCACAAUCACUAUUUUCUGAGCAUUAAAUGACAAUUUUUUUAAACAAAUUUGAAAAAUGAACAAUGAAGCAACAAAGGACGAACUGUGUUAAUCCACCAAAGUCAACAGAUGGAAGAACUUGUCUUAGAUGUGUUUUAUUCUUUAGUUAGAACAAUUCUUUUACAGUGACGAGCAUGGCCCAAGACAUUCUAGCAGCCAGCCACUAGGGGGCAGUUGUAUGAUUUCAGCUUCCACUUUUGUGUUUGUUCGCCUGUAUUUUUAUGUGACGAUAGCAGAAACAAGAUGGCAGUUAGAAAGUGCCUUACCUGUCUUUAAAUUAAUUUACAUAAACAGAUUAAAAGAGAUUUUUCUUCUUUACUUUCUUUUGAAUGAUAUCACCUAAAGUAAAUGCUGGAAAUGUGUAGUUUUUGACCAUUUAAGGCAAAAGUUGUGGUUUUAAAAAUUCUCCAACGCUGAUGUGGGCUUUUAAGUUUGCCAAUGAUCUCCGGAUGGCCGAAUAGCCAAUCCCUGACACAUAAACCAUUUUUUGCCUUAGUUUACUAUUUACACUCUGCAACCUACUAGAUUUUAAAGGAAAAAAAAACAAUGAUCAAAGAAAUGUUGACGCCUGUUUAGCAGAGAUGGGAACUGUAGCAUGAACAAGUCAACUCCGUGCCAUGGUUGUGUUCUGCUCAGCGACUGAACCGGGUUCAUUCACUGUGCUGACUCAAAUCUCCUGGUUUAGUUGCUGAACUGAGGCAUGGAGAUGACUUUUUGAUGCUACGAUUCCCCAUCUCUGCUCUGUAGGUCUAGUAACAAUAAAUUCGAACUAAUUCAGCGCUUUGGGCUUCCUGACAGGGUUGCGGAAGGCGCUUUAUAAAUAAAGCUUUGAUUGAUUGAUUGAUUGAUUGACGUUAAAGUCUGCAGGAGUUGUGCCAAAAGACGGCACCCCUGCAACAUAGAUAUGCAUGUAGGCAUGGACGUAAUUUUCACUUUAGAAGU